AUGGGGUUGGAAUCACUGCACUAUGCUGUUAAAUUAGGAUUGGAAGACGUAGUUUCUGAUAUGCUGGGGUGGAAAAAAUCCUUAGUGUACCUUUCGCCAGGCAGUGAAAAUGACUGGACGACAGCAAUUCACAUUGCAGCCAGUGAAGGUGAUGUAAACAACAACAAUCAAAAUGAUCUUCAUGUUGUCGUACUGAACAAUCAAGACAAGGUAGUCCACUUCUUAUUAGACUCUAAUAAGUGCGACAACCUUGUUAAUGAGCCAGAUAGUGAUGGUAACACUCCUCUCUAUUUGGUUGUUGUCUCUG